CCUCAUUGCGUGGAUCAAACGAAGAAUGUCAAUGUUUCCCUCGGGCGGCAAAUGCUCUCCCCCGCGCACUUUAGCUUAGUACACAGCUGGAAUCAGCUACUUCCAAACAACUCAACUAACCUACGCCCGCCUCCUUACUCCAUUGAAUCAUCCCUUAACCUGCACACCCGCUGCUGCAUCUCCUCCUCCUCCUCCUCCUCCUCCUCCUCCUCCUCUCUCGGCUGUUCUCGAAUCAAAAGAUGGCGAAACUUCCCAGCCCCGAACCCUUCCUCGAGACCCGCCGCGAAACCGACGCCGGAGCCGUCUUCGUCCUCCAAUCCAAAGGGCAGUGGUGGCACGCGGGGUUCCAUCUGACAACGGCGAUAGUGGGGCCCACAAUACUGACGCUGCCGUACGCGUUUAGGGGGUUGGGGUGGGGCCCGGGGUUCCUCUGCCUGACCAUCAUGGGCCUGGUGACCUUCUACUCUUACUACCUCAUGUCGAUGGUGCUGGACCACUGUGAGAGGGAGGGUCGCCGCCACAUCCGAUUCCGUGAGCUCGCCGCCGACGUCUUAGGGUCAGGAUGGAUGUAUUAUUUCGUCAUAUUCAUUCAAACGGCUAUAAACACUGGGGUUGGAAUAGGAGCUAUUUUGCUUUCUGGGGAAUGCCUCAAGAUUAUGUACUCAGAGCUUUCUCCCAAUGGAUCUUUGAAAUUGUACCACUUCAUAGCCAUGGUUACCGUGGUAAUGAUAGUCAUCUCUCAGCUUCCAACUUUCCACUCCCUCAGGCACAUCAACUUUGUUUCGCUGCUUCUCAGCUUAGGAUACUCGUUCCUGGUGGUCGGUGCAUGUAUUUAUGCAGGUGCCUCUAAGAAUCCCCCCGCAAGGGACUAUUCUUUAGAAUCUUCAACUUCAACAAGGCUCUUCAGUGCCUUCACUUCCAUCUCCAUAUUUGCUGCUAUUUUUGGGAAUGGAAUACUACCUGAAAUACAAGCAACCUUGGCGCCACCAGCUACUGGAAAGAUGGUGAAAGGUCUCGUGAUGUGUUACGCGGUAAUUUUCAUUACAUUCUAUUCGACUGCAGUGUCCGGAUACUGGGUGUUUGGGAACAAAUCUAGUUCGAACAUUCUCAAUAGCCUAAUGCCGGAUGAGGGACCUUCUCUGGCUCCAACUUGGGUUCUUGGACUUACUGUGAUCUUUGUACUCCUACAGCUUCUCGCCAUUGGCCUCGUUUAUUCCCAAGUUGCUUAUGAGAUCAUGGAACAGAAAUCAGCAGAUGUCAAACAAGGAAUGUUCUCAAAAAGGAAUCUCAUUCCCCGAAUAAUUCUUCGGUCGCUGUACAUGGCACUCUGCGGAUUUUUCGCAGCAAUGCUUCCGUUUUUCGGAGACAUAAGCGGUGUGGUUGGAGCUGUCGGCUUCAUCCCUUUAGAUUUCAUCCUCCCAAUGCUUCUGUACAACAAAACCUACAAGCCUGCAAAAUCAACCUUCACUUACUGGAUGAACAUAUCUAUAAUCAUUGUGUUCACAGGUGCAGGACUUUUGGGAACAUUCUCUUCUGUAAGGAAACUGGUUCUUGAUGCCAACCGGUUUAAGCUGUUUAGUGAUGAUGUGGUUGAUUAAGCUCUCUAAUCAAACCGCCGUUGCACGGCCCCGGCCCUGAAGAAGCUGUAUCAUUAUUGGCCUUGUAAUAUCGUAAUUACAAAUUACUGACUGAUGUAUUUAGUUACUGAUUAGUACAUGUUCUGAACCUCAGAAUUAUGAUAGGUUCAAUUUUCGAUUUUCUUUAAUGUAACGAAAAAGAGACGACUUUUACGGUACACAAGUAAAUGCAAUUUCAAUAGUAUUGUGCUUGUU